GCCCAAGUUUUAAAGGGCAGAGUUGUAAAAACUCCCAGGCUGUGGGGAGUUCGCUUGCUAGCCUGUGAAACGGAAUUUCUAAACCCCACAGAAGAAAAAUCGCCUGGAGCAUUAUAAAGACACAGCGACGGCAACUUCAUUUUGUAUCUCCUUUAGAAAGAAACACUAGGCUGUAACGAGCAAAGCGUUUGCUGGAGCGGACUCUGGCUAAUGCAAGGAGGAUCUGUUGUGAAUUUCCAUGAUCCUAAACCUCACCCUGUUGCAGGAAGGAUAUUCAUUUUGGCAACAAGCACUCAAUCAGAGUUUUUUCAUCAAACUGAUCGCUGCUGCCGUGGAGGUUUUUGCAAGACUUGGAAAAAGCAACUCUGUGACAGAAAAAGAAUCACCCUUGCCACUGAAGCAGCUAUGCAGCUUGAAAUUCAAGUAGCACUCAACUUUAUUAUUUCUUAUUUAUACAACAAACUCCCUCGACGACGUGUGAAUAUCUUCGGCGAAGAGCUCGAGAGGCAGCUGAAGAAAAAAUAUGAAGGCCACUGGUAUCCGGAUAAGCCAUACAAAGGUUCAGGGUUCAGGUGCAUCCAUGUAGGGGAGAAGGUGGACCCUGUGGUGGAGCAGGCAGCCAAAGAGAGCGGGCUGGACAUUGAAGACGUCCGGAAUAAUCUCCCUCAGGACCUUAGUGUGUGGAUCGACCCAUUUGAGGUUUCCUACCAGAUUGGGGAGAAAGGACCGGUCAAGGUGCUAUAUGUGGAUGAUAACAAUGAGAAUGGGUCAGAGCUGGACAAAGAGAUCAAGAACAGCUUUAAUCCUGAGGCCCAGGUCUUCAUGCCAAUCAGCGACCCUGUUGGGGCUUCCUCAGAGUCCAGCUCCCCAUCCCCUCCUUUCGGGCAGUCAGCUGCCGUGAGCCCCUCGUUCAUGCCACGCUCCACCCAGCCCUUAACCUUCACCACUGCCACCUUUGCUGCCACCAAAUUCGGCUCCACUAAGAUGAAGAGCAGCGGCCGAGGCAACAACAACGCCAACAGCGGCAGUAGCAGCAAGGUGGCCCGCACCUCCCCUACCAAUAACUUGGGUCUGAAUGUCAACACCCUACUGAAGCAGAAAGCCAUCUCCACCUCCAUGCACUCACUGUACGGGCUGGGUCUGGGUCAGCAGCAGCAGCAGCAGCAGCAACAACAACAACAACAACAGAAGGCCUCUGCUCUCUCCCCUAAUGCCAAGGAGUUUGUGUUCCCUAGCCUCCAGGGACAGGCCAGCCCUGGAGCCGUGUUCCCUGGGGAGAGCUCCCUGGGUCUGGGCCCCCUGCAGUACAACAAUGCCUUUGACGUAUUUGCGGCCUAUGGAAGCCUCAACGACAAGUCCCUUAUGGAUGGCCUCAAUUUCAGUCUGAGCAACAUGCAGUAUUCUAACCAGCAGUUCCAGCCAGUCAUGGCUAACUAAACUCAUCAUCAAGAUGUUAUUUAUGAAUGAUGGUGGCUCAAAGAGAAGGAAAAACAAAAACGCACACUUAGAAACUGGACUUUCAAGGAUAUAGUGUCUAGUCAGUCAAGCGCAUGUGCCCAAGGGUGUUUUUACCGUGCCCCCUUGAGUUUGUUUCUACUAAAAGCUUGUUGUACAAACACAUCCAAGCUUGGUUACUUCAAUUCAACAUGCAUCAUUGUUUUUCUUUUUCCUUUAUGCCAACCAAGCACAAAAUUUUUUACCAUGUUGAGAAAAUACUCCAAAAAAAUGUAAAAGGAAAAAAAAAAAGUACAAGCUUCAAGUUUUGGCCUCUUACAGUAUUUUACAGGUGGUAAGACAAGGCUGAUUUUUAUGAAUUGGCACUACUAAGUGGGGUUACUUGGUCUUUUUCUAAUUGUAUAAUUUAAUUUAGUACAGAGUUUGUAAGAUAUCAGAGUAUAUAUUGUUUCUAUGACAUGGUGUUGCAUUUAUAUCUUUUUACUACUCCAGUGAUCUGUGAUGGCUGCAGCAGCUUUUCCUUAUUUUUUUUUUCUUUUUUUAAAGAUAAUUGUUAAAGAAAACCAUCUUUAAAAAAAAAAAAAAAAAAAAAAACAUCAAAUAUUCUAAAGAUUGUGUACAGAGUAUUCCUUAGUGGUGGAAUUCAAGUGUAGGAAUAUUUGCUUUUUUUCUGAAAGAUGAAUUGUAUUUUCUGUUAAGAGGUAAAAAAGAUUUUGCUAUACAAUGGACAAAAUGUAAUCGUAUGAAUAUUAAUUUUGUACCUACAUUGUGCAAAAAAAAAAAAAAAAAAAAUACAUCAAAUAUUCUAAAGAUUGUGUACAGAGUAUUCCUUAGUGGUGGAAUUCAAGUGUAGGAAUAUUUGCUUUUUUUCUGAAAGAUGAAUUGUAUUUUCUGUUAAGAGGUAAAAAAGAUUUUGCUAUACAAUGGACAAAAUGUAAUCGUAUGAAUAUUAAUUUUGUACCUACAUUGUGCAAUACUUGAUAAAAAAUACGGUAUAACAAAGUAUUUUGAGUCAGUGUCUUACAUGUCAAGAGGGACUGAAAUAGUUUAUAUUGUUAAGUUUGUAUUAAAUGCUUAAAAAUUAUAUGCUUGUCUUUAUUUUUUUUAAUUUCAUAUUUGCACCCUGGUCUUUUUAAUAAAAUAAACUACAGUUGAACAUGA